AUCCUAGUGCGAGUGGCGGUAGAGAGCGUGUUUGGUCUGAGCGUAAAUGGAAAGAAUGGCGUCGACCGCACAUGGUAGGGGAGAGUGAAUGGCGUCCAUUGUUGUGGGACUCUCUAGCAAGCUAUGUAGCCUGUUUUCCUAGUGGGGAACACUUGCAUUCUGCCACCUACCUUCCAUAUUUAAGCCCCCUCCCUCCUCCUCCAUGUUGGAGCACCUCUAAUGGAGGGCGACUCUGCCGGUCUGGAGUGGGAGAAUCUCGCCCUCUUCUCCUCCAAGCCCCUCCACCCCUUCUCCAUGCCCACCGACUUCUACCACGACCCCGACCUCAGCCUCGGCCGCCACCCCUUCGCCUCCCCCUCCCCCUCCCCUGCCCCCUCUUCCAUUCCCGUUUCCGUAUCUUCCACCCCCACCAAGCGGUCCCGCGCCUCCUACCACAAUAUGCAGAACCCCUGCUGCCAGGUCGAGGGCUGCAACCUCGACCUCAAGCUCGCCAAGGACUACCACCGCCGCCAUAGGAUCUGCGAGACCCAUUCCAAGAGCCCCAAGGUCAUCGUCGCCGGCAUGGAGCGCCGCUUUUGCCAGCAAUGCAGCAGAUUCCAUGACCUCUCGGAGUUCGAUGACAAGAAGAGGAGCUGCAGGCGCCGCCUCUCCGACCACAAUGCCAGGCGCCGGAGGGUGCAGCCGGAGUCAAUCCAGCUCACCUCAUCUCCUGCAUUGUACACUGAUCAAAGACAGCAGCAGCAGCAGCAACAGCAGAACGUUCUGUUGAACGGACUUCCCGUGUCGUCGUGGGAAAACAGCAUGUCGAGGCACGCCCUCCUUAGGCCUCCCAAGCUAAAUGAGGACCUCCUUCUGCACAUGGAUCCCAUCCACCGCUCCACUCCUCGCAUUCUCGAUCAAUGCGUGCAUAACAACUCUUCAAUGGCUCCGGACCUGCUGAGUGCUCACUCUCUUCUGUCAUCCAACUCCUGGAGCUUGAACGAAGGCGAAUCAUCCAGUUCGAUGGAGGGCAUCGUGAUGAGGCACCCGGACCCCGACUCACACCACUUUCAGACCAACAACAUCGGCCUCGAUCAACCCCCGCUCUUGCAUUCGGUUAAUAUGCACAAUGCUGCCUCCUCACAUCACCAAGAAUAUCAACUCUUUAAAUCACCUUACCAUUCCGGUAACUUUUAUUCCACUCAAAGGAGUUUGUGACUUUUUUUUUUUUUUUUUUCAUUUAUUUCUUUUGGAUUCGUUGUAGACUAUGUUGUUGUGGCAAUAAAUAUGUCCACGUUUUUUACUCUGUUGUAAUAUGAAUGUGGGAGAGAGAGAGAGAGGUUAAGUUGGUUGUUAGUACUUGAUUGGAAAGUUGUUCCUAGGAUAAACAGAAAAAACCUGCGUUGAUGGAUCCGAGAUGACAACGGUUUUUGAUUGUAGUACUUGAUUACUGUAGCUGAGUGGUAUGUAUAAAGUUAGCAAGCUUUGUCUCA